UGUCUUCCUACCAGGAAGCAGGCUCUGAGCCAAGGGGAAGGCAGAGGACAGAUAUGGAUGUGUUCCCAAGCUUCCCUGGUGGUUUAUGGCAUUCUCCAAACUCCUCUGCAAGGGCUGUUCCUGACCAAGAAGACCCAAGGAGACCGUCUCUGAAAUAAAGUCCGGAUGAAGAACUAAGAGGGAAAAAAUGAAUAUGGUUUUUGCUCACAGAAUGGAUAACAGCAAGCCACCUUUGGUUGUUCCUACACUUCUGGUGCCCCUCCAAAACCACAGCUGCACGGAAAUGGCCUCCCCUCUGCUGAGCCAAGACCUGACGGAGCUCUACGAGGAGCACGGCUGGAGGAGCAAUGGAACAGACCUGCACUACAGACCAAACCCCGGGGAAGUGGCCACAGCCAGCAUUUUCUUUGGGGCCCUGUGGCUGUUUUCUGUCUUUGGCAAUUCCCUGGUGUGUUUGGUCAUCCACCGGAGCAGGAGGACUCAGUCCACCACCAACUACUUUGUGGUGUCCCUGGCGUGUGCCGACCUGCUCGUCAGCGUGGCCGGCAUGCCUUUCGUCCUGCUGCAGUUCGCCACCGGCCAGUGGGCCCUGGGCAGCGCCACGUGCAAGGCCGUGCGCUACUUUCAGUAUCUCACCCCGGGCGUCCAGGUCUACGUUCUCCUCUCCAUCUGCAUAGACCGGUUCUACACCAUCGUCUACCCUCUGAGCUUCAAGGUGUCCAGAGAAAAAGCCAAGAAGAUGAUUGCAGCGUCCUGGAUCUUUGAGGCGGCAUUUGUGACCCCCGUGUUCUUUUUCUAUGGCUCCAACUGGGACAGUCAUUGUAACUAUUUCCUCCCCUCCUCUUGGGAAGGAACUGCCUAUACUGUCAUCCAUUUCUUGGUGAGCUUUGUGAUUCCAUCCGUCCUCAUAAUCUUAUUUUACCAGAAGGUCAUAAAAUACAUUUGGAGAAUCGGCACCGAUGGUCGAACAGUGAGGAGGACAACGAACAUCGUCCCAAGGACAAAAGUGAAAACUGUCAAGAUGUUCCUCAUUUUAAAUCUUCUGUUUUUGCUCUCCUGGCUGCCUUUUCAUGUUGCUCAGCUGUGGCACCCCCAUGAACGAGACUAUAAGAAAAGUUCCCUUGUUUUUACAGCUAUCACAUGGAUAUCCUUUAGUUCCUCGGCCUCUAAACCUACUCUGUAUUCCAUUUAUAAUGCCAAUUUUAGGAGAGGAAUGAAAGAGACUUUCUGCAUGUCCUCGAUGAAGUGUUACCGAAGCAAUGCCUACACUAUCACAACCAGUUCACGGAUGGCCAAAAAAAACUAUGUUGGCGUCUCAGAAAUCCUCCCCACGGCCAAAGCUGUAGCCAAAGACUCAAGCUAUGGUUCAUUUGACAGGGAAGCCAAGGAAAAAAAGCUUGCUUGGCCCAUUAAUUCAAAUCUGCCAAAUACUUUUGUCUGAUUUCUCAGAAUUCUUUCAAUUACUGUUAUGCACCAGAGAUUAAAAACUUUUAACUGUAAAAACAGAAGCUAUUUAUAUAUUUUUUUCAAUCAACUUUCUGAGGGAAAUGUUUGAUUUUGUAAAAUGCAGUCACUAUUGAUAUUAGUUUCUGUUUUUUUAUUUUAGUUGCUUUUUGUUUUCGAGGAAGCUUUAACCUUGAGUUUAUGGUCAGCGGUCCCUUUACUAUAUUAGUUACAUACAUUAAAAAA